GAGAGUCAGGGAAACCAGUGCUCUGAACACCAAGGUACAAGUAGUCUCUUUUCUCCAAUCUCGCUCCUUCUGCUUGAGGUCCUUCUGAACCUGCCAGCAUGUCUGAGACAGGGGACACCCCAGUGGACCCCACCAAACUGGGUGUCGGCAAGGCCAUUGCCGUGUUGACAUCAGGAGGUGACGCUCAAGGUAUGAAUGCAGCUGUGAGAGCCACAGUCAGAGUUGGCCUCUACACAGGAGCCAAGGUCUACUUUGUUCACGAGGGUUACCAGGGUCUGGUGGACGGAGGGGACAACAUUCGCCCUGCUACCUGGGAGAGCGUGUCCAUGAUGCUGCAGCUGGGUGGCACUGUGAUUGGCAGCGCGCGUUGUAAAGAUUUCCGCACAAGGGAGGGGCGAAUGCAGGCUGCUUACAACUUGGUCAAGCUGGGCAUCACAAACCUGUGCGUGAUUGGCGGUGAUGGCAGCUUGACUGGCGCCAACGAGUUCCGCACAGAGUGGAGCGAGCUGCUGGCAGACCUGCUGGCAGAGGAAAAGAUCACAGAAGAAGAGGCCCAGGAUUCCUCCCACCUCAACAUCGUGGGCAUGGUGGGAUCCAUCGAUAAUGACUUCUGCGGCACCGACAUGACCAUCGGGACUGACUCCGCCCUCCAUCGCAUCAUAGAGGUGGUGGAUGCCAUUACCACCACAGCACAGAGCCACCAAAGAACCUUCAUCCUGGAGGUGAUGGGAAGGCACUGUGGCUACCUGGCUCUGGUCACUGCUCUGGCCUGUGGUGCUGACUGGGUGUUUAUCCCUGAAAUGCCCCCAGAGGACGGGUGGGAAGAUCACCUCUGCAGGAGACUGUCAGAGACAAGAGGCAGGGGGUCUCGUCUGAAUGUAAUCAUUGUGGCUGAGGGUGCCAUGGACCUGGAUGGAAAGCCCAUCACCUCUGAGCAAAUCAAGCAGCUGGUGACGAAGAAGCUUGGCUAUGAUACUCGUGCAACCAUCCUGGGACAUGUGCAGAGAGGAGGAACUCCCUCAGCCUUUGACAGAAUCCUAGGUAGUAGGAUGGGAGUGGAGGCUGUGAUGGCUCUGCUAGAAGCCACCCCAGACACCCCUGCCUGUGUGGUCAGCCUCUCUGGAAACCAGGCCGUCAGGCUGCCCCUGAUGGAGUGUGUCCAAGUGACAAAGGACGUCACCAGAGCCAUGGCUGAGGGCAGGUUUGAUGAUGCCAUCAAGCUCAGGGGAAAGAGUUUUGAGAACAACUGGAACACCUACAAGCUGUUGGCCCACGUGCGCCCCCCAGAUGUUAAGAGCAAUAUCAACGUUGCCAUCAUGAAUGUCGGGGCUCCCUGUGCAGGUAUGAACGCUGCUGUCCGUUCAGCGGUCAGGAUUGGUAUCAUUCAGGGUCACAACAUGAUGGCGGUGCAUGACGGGUUUGAGGGGCUGGCACAGGGACUGAUUGAGCCCAUCACCUGGACUGGGGUUGGAGGCUGGACGGGGAAGGGCGGCUCUGUGCUGGGCACCAAGAGGGUUCUGCCAGGGAAGAUGGUAGAGGACAUUAGUCUGAACGUUGCCAAGUACAACAUCCAUGCUCUGGUCAUUAUUGGAGGCUUUGAGGCGUUUGUGGGUGGGCUGGAGCUGGUGCAAGCCAGGGAGAAGUAUGAGGAGCUGUGCAUCCCCCUAGUGGUCAUCCCUGCUACCGUCUCCAACAAUGUGCCUGGAUCAGACUUCAGCAUCGGAGCGGACACUGCCUUGAACACUAUCACGACGACAUGUGACAGGAUCAAGCAGUCAGCUGCCGGUACCAAGCGCCGCGUGUUCAUCAUCGAGACAAUGGGUGGGUAUUGCGGCUACCUGGCUACCAUGGCGGGGCUGGCAUCAGGAGCUGACGCUGCCUACAUCUACGAGGAUCCCUUCAGCAUUCGUGACCUGGAGGUGAAUGUGGAGCACCUGGUGGCAAAGAUGAAGACAACAGUGAAAAGAGGCUUAAUUCUCAGGAAUGAGAACUGCAAUUCCAACUAUACCACUGACUUCAUCUUCAACCUGUACUCUGAGGAGGGGAAGGGUGUCUUUGACUGCCGCAAGAACGUCCUGGGACACAUGCAGCAGGGUGGAACCCCCACACCAUUUGACAGGAAUUUCGGCACAAAGAUGGGGGCAAAGUCUGUGCUCUGGCUCACAGAAAAACUGAAAGAAUGCUACAGACACGGUCGCAUCUUUGCCAAUACCCCAGACUCUGCUUGCUUGCUGGGCAUGAAGAAGAGGUCACUAGUCUUCACUCCCCUUGCUGACCUGAAGGAACAGACUGACUUUGAGCACCGUAUCCCAAAGACACAGUGGUGGCUGUCCCUGAGGCCACUCCUGAAGGUUCUGGCCAAGUACAAGGUCAAAAUGGACACCACGGACCACGCUCACCUAGAGCACAUCAUCCCGAAGACAGGCAUCAUCCCCAAGUUGGCUUAAUAAGGGACAACGUUGGGGAAGGGAGGACAUAGAUAUGUCUUCUUCUUCUUUUACCAUCUCCAUUUUUUAACUGUCAUUUCUCACUUAAUUUCCAUCCACCUUACGUUCUUCCCACUCCCAGCCUGCUCUUGAGAUUCCCAGAUCUCAUCAUCCUUUUCUUCUGUCUCUGUUUUUAUUUUCAGUCAUUUCCCUCUGUGUGCA